AUGCCUCUUCUCUCGCCCUCCCCCACCAUCCUCGUCCCCCACCUUCCGGCAAAGACCCUCGUCGGCAUUGACCUCGUCACCUUCACAUCGACACGCAAUUUUCACGGCAUACGAGACCUACCGAAUGGUUGGCACUUUUUAUACACUGGAACAACGGAAAGCCUUUCUCUGAGAUCCGGGGGUUGGUUCUACGUUGGCGAUAUCAGCGUCUUUGAUGAGAGUCACAAUGGGACCAUAGUACCGGCGUCAUCCAGAAGUUUGGGGUCGGAUAUUUUCGUGUGGAAAUGGAAUUCGGAGACAGAAUCACUGGAGCCUCUGCGAGCAAGCAGCGAUGCGGACAGGCAGGAGGCGAUGCGACAUAAAGCGAAUUUAGGCGCUGUCUGGCAGCGUGGUGGGCUGUUCCGGUACCGCAGUCGUGUCUCGUCAUCGCGGACAUCGCCGUCGCACUCGCAGUCGCAGUUGCAGUCGCAAGAGCACCAGGGUCCUGUUCAGGAAGACAUUGAUGAAGAAGACGAGGAAGAGGGCAGAAAAGAUUGGGCAGACUUGACGAACAAUAUUUCCCCAAGGCUUCUGUCACGGAUUGUUGGCGACCCUGAACUAGACGUUGAUGGUCGGCCUCGGUGGAUGGUUACGUCCGGUAGCACUGCAGAAAGGGAUAGUGAUAAGAUUCCAGGACUUCCGGAUACCAACUCAGAGGAUCUGGCUAAGGUUACCAGGGAGCAGGAAACUGCAUUCUCGUUUCUUCCUGUUGACCUGAAGCGCACAUGGAGAGAAGGAGCUAUUGGGCGGGAGAGGACCGAGGCGGCUCAAGAUCGUUCAUGGGCAUUGGGGGACCUGAUUCAACGACACUCCAGUGGUGGAGACCGUGGAGAAAAGACGGGAGAGGCACAGAUCCUGGGUGAACUUCAAUUCACUUUCUUGAUGGUUAUGACGUUGAUGAACUACUCAUGUCUGCAGCAAUGGAAAAGAUUGCUGGAGCUAGUCCUGACCUGCCAGAAUGCAAUCAAGGAUCGUGAGCCUUUCAUGGUGAGCGUACUCCGAUUGCUUCUGCUACAGCUAAAACGGUGUGAUGAUGUCGAAGGUGGACUGUUCGAUAUUGACGGAGCCGAUGGCGGGGAAUUUCUGCGCAAGCUCCUGAUGAAGUUCAGGCGAACCCUAUAUGAAGUCGUCGACAACCCUGGUCCUACGCUGAAGGCCGAAUUCGACAAGCUGGCUACAUGGGUCAAAGACGAAUACGACUGGGAAUUGGAUCGCGAAGCCUUUGUCCGCCGGGGCAUGGUCCAGCUGGAGGACGGCGAGGAAGUUGAGCUAGAAAUGGAAGAUGAUGGAGACGACGAGACAGGGGAGUAUGCUCCCCUCGUUGUCGAUCUCGGCGAAGGGAACACGACGCAGGAUCUGGACAUGGACAAUGUGGAUACGCCAUAG